AUGCAGAACUCUUCAAGAAAGAUAUUAGAUAGAAACAAAAACAAAGAAACAGUCAAAGAUGAUGUACCAGGAUCAUCUAGAAAGGCGCAGGAGGAAAGGUUAAAGAAGAACGUGUCCACACCUCGAAACUAUUUGCAGAAAACUACACCCUCUGAUAUAUAUGAUAAAAAGAAACCGAAUGUUUUACAAGCUCCAAAAAAGGCGGCGUCUUCGUUAUCUACACAUACAAAUAAAAUUGUGUCACCAAUGAAAGAUUUAUUAAAAUCUUCGCAAUCGUCCGUGAGUAACAUUAGUAGCGCAAGAAGUUCUACAAAAAUGGCGGUUGAAAAAAGAAUCGAGGCAAAAGCUAAUAUGCCUUCGUCCAAGAAAAGUACUCCACGCACUGUUAAAGCUCCUCCACCAUUUAACGUCACUGUAAAUUCUCCCGUGUCGAAACGGAAAUCGAGUAUAGAUUUGAAUAAGGAAAAAUGUAAUUCGAACACAGAUAACAAAAUCAGUAAAGUAACUGAUGCAUCAGUUGACGAGGAUCAGGGUAAAAAUAAAAUGGCGGACAUAUUUUUACGACAGCGCUCGAAAACUCGGACUUUAGAUGAAAAUGAAGUUAAGAUAUUGAAGCCAGAGGUUAUAGAUAAUAACGCAGAAAUGAAAAAUUUAUCACGGAGACUAAGUGCUAAGCCGAUGUCAUUUUAUGUGGACUUAAGCAAUGAACAAGAAAAGGUUGAAAAAGAAAAAUCUAGCGAGGAGGAAGAAGUAACUUAUGAGGAUGAUUUUGAGAGUUAUGAGUCAGACUUCGAUUCUUAUCACAGUGGGACUUCAAGUGAAAAAAACUCGAGUGCCACUGAUGAAGAUCAAAAUGACGCGGAAAUCGAAAAUAGUAAUUUAGUAACAGAGGAUGAAAACAGUACAAAAGAUGUGAAAGAUGAAGAGAAGAUGCUAGACUCAGGUAGCUAUGAUCUCCGGGAUCCGCAACGUUCCACACAGAAGGUGAAGCCAGCCGCGCUGGAUUUCAUCUUAGAAGGAUCGGAGGAUACUGAUAAGAAGCCCUCGUUGACAGAUGAAGGGUUUCAAGAAAUGUCGAGUUCAAGCACCGUGUCCAGUAUGAAGCCAGUUCAUAUCGAUGUAUUGGACAGACCACUCUUUAUAGAUUUUACAAUAUCGAAAGAGAACAAACGCAAACGUCGAAUAUUACAACAACUUAAACAAAGAGCGCAAGAUAUUUUAAGUAUGAUAUCAUUGCACGAAAUGACUUACAUGCUUUUCGAACUGGCACCCAUUCCGUACGAUUUGUAUAUGGCAACAUAUGGCAAAGGCAAUUGCACACAAAUUGCAGUGCAAACUUUUGAUGAUGGUAUUACUGAAGAAGUACAAACAGAAGAAAUUUCAUAUGACAACAAAUGGACUCAGCUUCCAGUAAAAUUUUCAAAACACGAAGUUUAUUUAAAUGCUAAUAUAGUAAAUAGUAAAGAACAUGACGAAUUUUUGAAAAAAAUCUCAAUGUUAGUAAAUCAAAAGAUUGAAGACCGCCAUGAUGAACAAUGUGAAGAUAAAAAUUAUAGAGAUAAUCCAUUGAGAAUAUUUUUAGAACAGAAAGAUGGCGUUGGGUCUGAUGUAAUCCUUCCACUGGAAACUUACAGAAUAAAACUAAAGCAACACGAUUUCAAUGCUUAUAGAUUGAAGAAGUUUCUGAAAAAAGUAGAAAGAAGGAUUAGUAGUAGUUUAAGUAUGAAUACUGGCAACUCAGAUAUGAGUAAUUUAAUAAAGAGUUUUAAAUUUCCAUUUAGUAAAGGUUAUAUUACCGUACCUACCAAAAAUGUUUCCGCAGAUAUCUCGAAUGUAAGGGGACUGAAAAUUACUAAUGCAAUAUUUUCUACAACUAGAACAAAUUUAUUAAUUACUGUUCAUGAGAAAUCUUCAAGUCCAGUUUUAAUUCAGAAAUGCAUUCUUUGCAUGUGGGACUUGAGUGUUGCAAUGCAGGAUCCUCUAAAACUUCUCAUUGCCACAGAUAAUGUUACUAUUGGACGAUUUAAAGGAGGUACUGAUGGUAUUGUUGUUGCUGCUUUAAGAGAUGGAACUAUACAUUUAUGGGACUUAUCUGAAGAAGCAACAUGGAUGCAAGAUGAUACCAGCGAGUACAAAUCUACCAAUUCGGGAAAAAUAGAUACGGACCGACUAUCACAAACUGAACUAGAUAGGCAAUGGAAUUUAAAGAAUAGAAGCGUUACUUGUGAAAAGAAGUCGAGUUUAAUGCAAACUAGUGCAUAUACCAGUAGUGGAAAUUGUAUCGUUAAUAGUGAUGUAUUCGAUUGUAUUGUUGGUUUAGAAUUUCUCGGAGAUUCACAAAUAAGAACUGAUCAAGAUGGCGGACGGAAGAUUAUAGCACAGAUGUGUUCAUUGCAGCGCGCUGGUAUUUUAACUCUAUGGUCGAUAGCACAAGAAAAACCAAAAUCAAAGGCAAAUGAUAUAGGAAAAGCUUUUUGGUCAAAACUCUCAUUGGAAAAAGCUCAAACGAUUCAUCUUACAGAACAUUUGGAUCUCUGUGCUACUAAUACAUUAGAAAAUAGUUUCACUGAUACAUUUAAUUUGAACGCUGCGAAGAGAAGAAUAUCAAUCAGAAGGCAAGAUAGAAGUUUGUUAAGGCCAAGUUCUUCCCGCGUAAAUUCAGCCGUUGGAUUAUAUUGUGACAAUAGCAGACCGCGGAGUGCUACCAGUGCAAGAAAUAGAAAUACAUUGCAAAUAAGAAAAAAUAACCAAAAUAUGUGGGAAACUGGACUAGUGUGUAAUGAUUUGAAAAUAAUAAGGAUAAAUAACGCUGAUAACUUUUUAAUAGCAAAAAAUUGUGGGGAGGUGCUUUGUUGUACAAGAUUUGCGGGCACAUUUAAGGUUAAUAAACUCUGUGUUGCCAAUGAUACAUCUUCGAUAACUUGUUUAGAAGUAUCAAAAAAUGGCCUACCGUAUAUUUUAGCAGCUACCGAAACUGGACUUCUUCAUUUAUGCUCUAUCCAAGAUUAUAGAGUUGUCCUUACUUUGGAUUGCAGGAAUGAAACCUCAAACGCUUUCGAAAAAUGUAAGGCAGAUAACAAAGGUCGUUAUAUCAGCAGCGUUACGACGAACCCUAUAAGUUCCAGUGUGAUUGAUUUUGGAAAGGAAAAGAAGAUGUCCGUGAAAUGUUUGGUGUGGUCGCGCACAAACCCGUUCGAUAUGUUCGCUCUGCUUCACGAUGGCGCGGUGUGCGCAUGGCGUCUCACCAGCAGUGAUAUAAACGCACGCCGUGUCGACGACGCGGCCGCAGUUUGCGUCAGUUCUGGUGAUACAAUGGCAAUUGUUACGUGUCAAAAUGAAGUGCAAGUCCACAGAUUAUGCAAUGAGCAGCAAGAGAAGGAUAAUGUAAAUGAUUUAUGUUAUAAAAUUGUGAUAUUUUUAAUAGCGACAAUGAGGGUAAGAGUGCUUGUCUUACUCUCAGUACUCGCCGCGGUGUCGUCGGUGUCGGGAUACCACAUCCUAUGUAUGUUCCCGAUACCAUCGCGGAGUCACUCGCUCUUGGCUAAGGGCAUCGUCAAUGUCCUCUUGGAGGCUGGCCACCAGGUUACCUGGGUGACGCCGUAUCUAGAGAAGUCAUCGCAUAAAAAUUUGAAACAGAUCGAAGUGAGCACUGCUCGUGAUAUUUCUGCUUCACACGACAUCACGAAAAACCCGCUAAUGGGUAUGGAGAUGGUUCGAGACUUCGGUAGAAACAUUUCUCUGGCUGCGGCGAGUUUCCCAGCAGUACGGGAGGCUCUCGUGAAAGAAAAGUAUGACGCGGUAAUUUCUGAAUGGUUCUUCUCGGACAUUGAGGCUGGGUACGCUGCGGUCCAACAAGUACCCUGGAUCAUGCUGAGCGGCGUGGUGAUGCAUCCGUACUUGGAGUAUCUAGUGGACACGAUCCGGUCCCUGCCGGUCGCGCCGUUUAUGAUGAAUGAUUUCGCAGCGCCCAUGAGCUUUUGGGAUCGCCUACAAAACACAUUUAGCUUCGGGGUUAUGAUGUUCUCUUUCUGGAGAGGCACAGCAAGAACUUCUUCCAUUUACGAGCAGCAUUUCGCACCUCUCGCAGCCGCUCGAGGAGUGCCACUGCCUCCGUUCUCUGAGGCAAUGCACAAUAUUUCCGUUUUGUUUGUGAACUCGCACCCCUCGUUCACACCUGCUAUAAGCCUCCCGAGUAACGUGAUCGAGAUUGCUGGGUAUCACAUCAACGAGAUUACACCACCGUUGCCUAAAGAUCUUCAAGAAAUUUUAGACGCAUCGCCCAGAGGCGUCGUCUACUUCAGCUUGGGAUCCGUGCUCAAAUCCUCUUCUCUCCACGAGGAGACCAAGCGCGAUUUGCUCAAGGUUCUUGGUGAGCUUCCAUACACCGUGCUGUGGAAAUUCGAAGAAAAAUUGGACGGACUGCCUAAGAAUGUACACAUCAGGCCGUGGAUGCCACAAACCAGUAUUUUGGCGCAUCCGAACGUGAAGGUGUUCAUAACCCACGGAGGUCUGCUCAGUACACUAGAGUCACUGCGCUACGGGGUUCCAAUAAUUGCGAUCCCGGCCUUCGGCGACCAGCCCGGCAAUGCGGCACGCUCCGUGCGAGCCGGUCACGCACUCAAGGUCAAGUUCUCACCCGACAUGGCUCCGGAACUCAAGACUGCUCUCAACGAAAUGCUUUCUAAUGACAGUUAUUACAAGAAGGCCAAGUCGAUAUCGAAGUUGUUCAACAAUCGCCCGGUGAAGCAGAGUAAGCUCAUCUUGCAUUACAUUGAGCUGGCCAUCGAGAGUAAAGGAGCUUACCAUCUACGUUCCAAGGCUCUUCUUCACAAGUGGUAUGAAUUGUGGAUGUUAGAUCAGUUAGCUGCUGUGCUGGCUGUCUUGUUUAUAUUCUACGUAAUAGUGAAGAAAAUCAUUUGUGCAAUUGUAAAGAAGCUUACGACGGAUAGCAAAACGAAGAAGGACAAAAAGAACAAAUAG